AGGUGCUGUCCGGGGUUCAUGUCUGAAGUUGAAUAUCUAUCAAAAGAGAGAGUACUUUGAUAAGAUGCUGAAAAUUUUUAACCCUUUAUAGCCCUGUUACUUGACAUCUCAACCUGCAAUGUUUGAAUUUUUGGCCUUAAGCUAAACACAAUAGACAUAUUAUCACCUCAUAAAGAUGAUCUGGCAAACAUGUUAACAAACAGCUGACAUGGAGUCCUUUUUCUCACAUGACGAGUGUAUGCCCAAUAUUUGAUUUCAUUUUGACUAAAUUGUCCCCUCCACUGUGUCCUCAUUUAAAUAUCUGACUCUUUAGCUGCUGAAUUCCCUUCUAUCUUCACCUGCUGGUCACUAACUUUGUCUUUCUGUCAACCGGCGCUGGGCUGGUGUUAUAGAGUAGGUAUGACUGAAGCACCUUUAGGUAAGAAAAACAGACCAACUGAUCAGUGAGCUUCUUUUCUACAUUGGUUAAAUAUACGAUAGGAACCAGUGAUGUGGUCCACUUCCCAUAAAACUGUGGUCCCAAAUUACAACAGUUUGGAAUCGGCAUCGUUGUUGUCCACCAUGGAAACGGAUAUUUUUGUUUGGCUGUAUUUAAACAAAGCCAAUGGGGCUAGGUGUCAUGUUGGGUGAAUAGGAGUAUUUGUUUGUAUACUGAAAGGUGAAUAUAGAUUUCAUUUUAAUUAUAAUUAUUUCUUUUCCCUUUACUUUUGUAUCAAAUGAACUUCCCCCUGUAUGACCUUAUCCUCGAGCUGUCAGGUUUCAAACACCUUCACCUCUAUUUCGUGCUUGCUGUCACAGAUCAAACAUGUUAACCAGUAUCCACAAACAUUUCAUCUUUACUUUGCAUAUUAUAUUUAUUUUAUUCCAGGUGAUCUUUUGCACACUGUCUGGCUUGUAAACACGAUGCAAAUUCACUGUGAUGUCAACUUCACAUCAUUAUUAUUACUUAAUUGCUAUCCUGCUUCUCUGCCAGUGUUGAACCUCCAUGUUGAACUUAUUUGUGGAUUAUCAAUAUUCAUUCCAAUCGCUCAAUUUUCAGCGCACUCUAUAAAUCUGAGGAAGUACCUGUGGAAGUUCUUCUUUUUUUAAUGGUCUUUUAAAAACAGCUUAUGUUUCUCAAAUGUGUUGCACUCCCUGGUGAUCACAACUUCUUUACACAGAACAAAUGUUUUCACACGACUUACAUUUUGCUGACAGAUCACAUUAUAUUGUAACCUUCAUUUCAACUUAAUUUGUGUGCCUACGGAGAAAAAAAAAACAAACUAAAUGGCAAAAUACUCAGACUACCCAUUCUUGUAAUCCAAACAAAGGAUCUGUCUUGCAUUUGAUUUCGGUUGAUGAAGCACUAGGGUUUCAGAUGGUGAGCUAACCAACACGAGGCACAGACAUUGACACUGUAAUAAGAAAAGAUGCACAGUUCUACUUGGUUAUUGCUAGGUGGUUACAAAUAGGUCUGAAGAUGAGAUCUUCUCCUUAAAAAUAGUGAUACAUAUUUCAAAUUACAAAUUAAAAAGAAAUUCUGUAUUGUGAGAAGACUCAAUUAUGCACUUCAGGUUACGAUUUUCCUCCCCAAAAUGUGUUAACUAUGUAAGAUAUUCAUGGCAUUGGAUAUUUAAGUGAAUGAGGAGAAAAAACUGCUGCUUCAUAGCACAAUUUUGAAUCCACUUACCUUUCAGAAAUCACUGAGUCCAAGGAUUCACGCAGAGAUCAGUGCUGCGUAGAUGAACACUGUCAGUCUCCUGACAAAUGCCAGGCUUUUCGUGUAGAUUCACUACAUUUGAAUACCCACAGUCAAAACUGACAGAUGCUAUUAUCAAAACUACCUCCAUGUUGAACUUAUUUGUGGAUUAUGUAAAUGCAGUAUGUUUUAGGACACUGCAAGAGAGGCAUCAUCUGCAUAUAGAGGGCAAAGCACAUAGUGAUGUCUGUUUUGGUCAACAGACUCUUUCUGAGCUUAGACUGUGUGUUUACAUUCUGUCCAAUAGAUGAACAAUGUAACCUAUUGAUAGACAAUGGGGAGACACUACAGGUGAAUAGUAGAUACCACCAUGAAAACUUCACCAGUUGAUUAAAUAUGCAAGUGAAGUUAUAAUAAGCCAAACUUCACAAACUUAAUGCAGUUCCAGAACAAAAAGCUAAAAUGAUCACCUAAAUUUGUAUUUUGUAGAAACUGAUCUAAAAAUUAGCCAAUGCAUGAAAAAAAAAUUAUGUCUAUAACCUUACCUAUAGCCUAACUUUGAUUUGACUUGACAAAAAAGAAACCCUGCUCAAUGUUGGUGUGGUUUCAAGCGACAGUCCUAAACCAAAAAUUCAUACUGAAUGUAUUUAAUCAUUAUUGUGAAUUUCUUUUCCAUGUUAUUUGCCUGUUACAUUGUGUUUACAGCUGAAUGUUUCAAAAUUAAUGUGUUGUUCUCUCCAUCUGUACUGUGGAGAGUUGUGGGUCUGGUACUUUCUCUCUGUACUGUUUACCCUCCCUUAUAAAAUAAUUUAUUAGACUUAAUAACAAAAAUGUAAAUCAGUGUCAGACAGAAAACACUUGAACUUUAUUAUUUAAACAUGCAAACACUACAGAUUGCUGCUUUCAGCUUUUUCAUGUUUGCUCUCCUUCCUGAUGUCUUUAAAGGGUCUCUCAGUGGUUUUCUGUUCCACUUACAUACUGAGUGACAAAAUCUAAGCAACAGAGGCAAACAAACAGACAUUUAAUCCAUAAUAUUAGUUAAACUCCAAAUCUAAUGGACCCUACACUUACAUUUUACAUUACAUACUGACAUGAUAGCAUCCUAAACUAGAUUGAUUGACUAAUAAAUGCCCACAUCUUUCAACCUUUAAUCCUUUAGUUUGUUGAGUGGGCUUUCUAUUAUAAAUUCAACAUCUCAGACCCCAUUAGAGGACGUCCUGAUGACACCAUCGGAGAUCAUUACACACCAUCAACUGUUUUUACAGACCGAGCCGUAAUCCUAGUGUUGGUUGUCUAAUGCAACAUUUUAUGCAACACAACAACACAGAAUUAUUUCUCUAAGUGGAUGUUUAUCCGUGACUUUGCAAGCUUGGAUUCCCAAGAGGGUAUUUCAUUCUGGGCACAUUAGUAACACCUUGCGUUAGAUUUCACAUUUAUGCUUACCUUGCAUCACCUGUUUACUUAGCUGUGUGGGCUACAGUUGCACCAGUGAGAACAAAUGUUCAGCUUCAGCGCUGCUGUAGAUAAAAAUUACCCAGGGGAACUGACCUGGGAUCCGAUUACCCUCGAAUGUGUUAAAAUGAGCCAUAACUUUAAAAAAUAAAAAAGAAGCCACAGGCCAGCAGCUUGGAGAAAUUGUAAGACUGAUGUCUUAUAAUGCAACAGCUGGGAACUCAAAAAAAUUCUUGCCACACCAAAGGCAAAUUUAAAGGAUCGCACAAACUUGGCAAUGCGACGUUCUUCAGGCACAUUGUUCAACGAUCAGAGAGCCCUGAAGGCAAAGACAGAGUCCCCCUUGCACAUGCAUUACUCACAUACUAGAGAACAUGACAAUAAAGACACCAAUAUUUGCACCUGCAGCAUGUGUGACUCUUUAUGGGCACAGUGCUAACCCUAUCUAACUAACCAUGAACACACCUCUUUGUACGGAUCCAAACCGUCCAAUUACUGAAGAUGCCUGAGCCUCUACUUUGCAUUAACGCACAAUCACAGCUUGGGUUGGACACCACAGUGAGGAGUCAUUGUCCCUAAGGUUGGCCCAAUCCAACAAUGGCCUUAUGUGGAAUGACUUUAUAAGGCCUGGCCUCAGUGAUCUGCUGCUGCAUAUGGGAAAGUUCUGUGAUACGUGAAGAAGACGAGACCCUGUGAACUUUCUGAAGGUAAGACUGAUUGAUGUCAGGGCCUCUGUGCUUUGCAUCUGUAUGGAGCAUUUAUGUGUUACUGCAUUCAAUUUGAGAGAUAACUUUCAGACCACAAGCAUGGACAUGAUGGUUGCUAUAAUUUUGAUUGUAAAGUCUGCACUGUAAGAGUCAAAUUUAGAUGCAGAUAAUCAAAACUAAUUGUCUGCUUCUCUUUCUUUUUCAUAGCAUCCCAGCCUCUCCUUCCAGCAUCAGCACGUCUUCCCCACAAUGUUCAACAGCACUCUGAAUCCCGUCACCAACCUCUACAAUAACUCUACCACCUAUAGUGGCCCCCGUGGACCUCCACCAUGGUACCAGUUCCUGGUGUGUGCCGUGGCCCCUUAUGGCUUUAUCUUUUACUUUGGGGUCAAGGUGUUCAACUUGGCGGUGGGGACACCCUGUAAUUUACUGGUCAUCUGGCAGAUUGCCACCAAGAAAAGUGACGCGUCCACCUCUGACAUCUUCAUCUUGAAUCUAGCCAUAUUGGACGCCUACUUCUGCCUAAUGACGCCCAUAGAGAUGGUCAACCGACUUCUACUGGAUGAUAGCCGCAUUUGGUACUCUCAGAGGUUUGCAUAUGGAAUCAAAGACGUAGCACCACUCUUCUUGGUAUGCAUCUGCCUGGACCGCUACAUGGCAGUGGUUCACCCAGUAUUGUUCACUGGUAUUCGAGACAAUAAGAUCCGAACUGGCAUUUCUGUGGUGGUCUGGGGCCUCAUCUUGGCUUAUGGUCUCACCAAGUGCAUCCUGGGUGUUAUGAGCGUCAACGAGGUCUUCAGCGGUGUCAUCCUCUUUGCCUUUGCUGUCAUGGUCUUCUGCAACAUCUCUGUCAUCUGGGUCCUAAGACGUUCUGUGGUAGGAAAGGAGGCGAUGCACCCGGUAAAGAAGAAGGCCUUCAGGAUGGUACUGAUAAUCCUGGCUAUCAUCGUGACCAACUACCUGCCCCCAGUGGCACUCAUGCCCUUUGUGUCCUACUACUCAUUUGUUGCAUUCCGCUGCCAGAUCAGCAUCAGCGUGUUCUCCAUUAUGGACUUGAGCUGCAGCAUUGAGCCUCUACUCUACAUCACAAAGAUGGAGUGUGUGGACGGCAGGUGCUGUGGACUGAACUUCUCCAAGAAGCUGCAUGAUGUCAAGGUGUGAUCAAUCAACUGAAAAACAGCCAGCAAGAAAAGCUAGCUGGUGAAUAGCUAAAGAUUUGUUUUGGCUAAAGCUGAAAAAACAUUCCGUGGCUGUUAUUUUAUUUGAAAAAACAUAAAUUUGGAUGAACAUACAUCCUAAUUAUUAUUCUAAAUCAUAAUCAGAAUUCCUUUAUUUAUCCCCGAGGGGAAAUUCUUGUGUUUAGAAAAGUGUUGUCCAAAAGUAAUAAAGUAAAAAAGCAGUGCGAUAUAAUAAAAACAAGAGAAAACAGUUAAGAAAGUCGGGAGUGUCUGUAACAAGCUGCAAACGUGUUGACACAUGCGCGCUAAAUAAAAGUAAAUAUGGCAGUAGCUAAAUUUACAUGAGCCAUGACCAAGAGAUAACCAAGCUACUCAUUAAUGCUUAUGCUAUCUAGCUCAUAUCCAGCAGAGAUAUAUAUAUAUAUAUAUAUAUAUAUGUGUGUAUAUAUAUGUGCACAGACACACAUCUUUUGGUCUAUUUUAAUGACAGCGUGGGAACUGGUUUACAGAGUACGGAUUGAGCACUUCAUCUCUCAUUAAACGCCUCAUAAUCAGAAAUGCACUGUGGGACCAAUUAGCAAUGCUGUAAUGAGCGGGCAUGCAGAUUAUGUAAGUGGUUAACAAACUAAAUACAUAACACACUGUCAUCAACAAAAGGACAUGAAUGGGGAAUGUAAUGACUGUAAACAUGGUGUAAGUAACAGCCCGCAUAAUAACAGUUGUUAAUUUGAGAAAGAGUUAAAAAAAUGAACAUCAUUUAAAGUUUCGAAAUGAUAAAUGAUUCAAAAUUAUAAUGCAACUCAUGUCAGUGGAUGACAUUUUCUUUCUGUCCAGGUAUGAUGAUCACUGACACUUAUAAACAUAAGUCUUUACUGUGAUCAAAUCUUCAUAAAUUGUUUCCAAAAAUGUUUGUUGGUCAUUUUAUAUCACACGUAUAAAAUAAAUUAUUUGUUUUGAUUCUAAAAAGUUAGUUUUAUAAAAAAUACUUUUAUCAGUUAAUUAAAAAAAUAGUAUUGGUCUUAUUUAGUAUACAUACAACAAAAUCAAAAUCACUUCUUAAGUUUUACAUUCUGUUUAAUCAGUUUAUCAGACUUCCAACUUCUCCACUAAUGCUCCUUCAGAGGACAGAGGCACUUUAGUAUUUAUCAAGUUGAGAGCUGGUCUGAUUUGCAAGUUAUGUAGCCUUAAUUAUUUUCUAGAUAUUUGAUUUCAAACAAUAAAACAUUUCUCUUUCAGAAAAAAGUUCGUUUUGGAUAUCUAACUACAUGCCAACAGAUCUCUCACUGUCUUAUGACAAGACUGGGUUACAUUAAUGAUUCUGACAGUAAAAUUAUGGUAAUAAUAAACUGAAACAAGUAACUGUUUUGUGGAAUGCUUUGAUAUUAAAAAAUUGAAA